CCACGCCACCCUCUUGAAGUGCCACCCACCCCACGCUCCCAUUUGGCCUGCAAUUCACGCUCUGGCACACAUCUCCAACUCGUUCGCCUGCCUAGACUUUCGGGAUCUACCUUUACAUACAUCUGCUUCCAACGCCAGCAUGGUACACCAAAAACCCGACAUUCCUCCCCUCAAGGACCUCACGAUAGACAACAUCACAGACAAUGUCCACGCGAUCAAUUCAGGCUGCCAAGAUCCAAGAACAAAGUUUUUGUUUGAGCGCCUAGUCACUCACCUCCAUGACUUUGCUCGAGAGACACGUCUUAGCACUGCAGAGUGGGAAACUGCAAUCGGGUUUCUCAAAGACUGUGGCAAAAUAAGCAGUGACACGCGACAAGAGCUAAUACUCUUGUCCGAUGUCCUGGGGCUGUCUCUUCUAGUGGACUCAAUCGACCAUCCAAAGCCAGCUGCAUCCACCGAGGGAACAGUUUUGGGGCCAUUCCAUGCCCACGUCAGUGAAAGCAUCGCAUCUGGUUCGGCCAUUUCACACGACCCCGAGGGUGAACCUUUACUGGUAGUCUGUACCGUGAAAGACUCUCAAGGCCGCCCUGUCUCAAAUGUCGAUAUUGACGUGUGGGAAACGGAUUCAAAAGGAUUCUAUGAUGUCCAAUAUGCUGGCCGCGAAGGGUUCGAUGGACGAGCUGUUCUAAGUAGUGACGAGAACGGGGCUUUCCACUUCAAAGCAAUUGUACCAGUGCCAUAUCCAAUUCCUGAUGAUGGACCGGUGGGAAAGCUCCUGAAGAUUCUCAAGCGCCACCAGUACCGGCCAAGUCAUAUGCAUUUCAUGUUCAGAAAGCCCGGAUAUGACCCACUCAUAACGGCUCUGUACCUCCGAGGUGAUCCAUAUGAGACAUCCGACGCAGUGUUUGGUGUGAAAGAAUCUCUUAUAGUGGACUUGCAAACUGCGGCGGAUUUUCCUGGCUACUCGAAAACAUACGGUGUCUCUGACACAAUGAAAGUUCUCAAGUACGACUUCGUGCUUGUAUCGGAUGCUGAAGUGACUGCACUUCGAAAUCAGAAGGCGCUGGACGCUGCAUCAUCAUUAGGAUUGAAGCUGAAAUUAGAGAACGGGCUUCUAGUGAGGGACGAUUGA